CUCUCACUGAGAGAAACAACCUCCCUCUGUUCCGCCGUGUUCAGAGAGCGAGAGAGAGAGAUAGGGAGAGAGAGAGAAAGAAGGAGAGAAGGAAGAGGGAAGGAGGGAGAGAGAGAGAGAGAGAGAAAGAGAGAGAGUUUUGUCUGUUUUAUAUGGAAAGGCGUGUUGGUGUUGCAGGGAUGACACUUUAGGACACUUCUGAUGGACCAACUUUACAGAAUGAUGCUUCAUCAUCCGAAAAGAUCUCUGAGGGUGGAGGUGUGAUGCUGGGUGAAUAAUGGAAGCUGAAGCUGAGAGUUACUGAGAGAAACAGCAGACAGAAGCAGAAUGAAUCCAGUACGGAAGGACAUGGAGCUGCUGAGUAACAGCAUGGCCACCUACGCCCAUAUUAAAGAGAACGUGGAGAGCUUUGCGCUGUACUUCAUGCUCGGCGUGUGCUUCGGGCUGCUGCUGGCUAUGACGCUCCUCAUCCUGGGAAUCGCCUGCAGGCGACGAACACCCACCAAGAAACCCUCGUCACCUGACCGCAGACAACUCAAAGAGUCCAGCGAGGAGGACGAGGAUGAAGAUGAAGGAGAAGACGAAGAGGUUGGGGGCGGGGUCAGAGAUGAAGAGGAAGCGGAGGUGCCGAAGGUCGUCGUGGCAACCAUGAGCGAGCGCAGCCAAUCAAACGGCACCCUGAGGAGCGCCAACGUGUUUAACUCAGCGGAGGAGCUGGAGCGAGCUCGGCGUCUGGAGGAGAGGGAGCGAAUCGUCCGGGAGAUCUGGAGGAACGGACAGCCGGAUAUACUGCUGACGGGGACGGGGACACUGGGACGGGUUCACUACCGCUAACAGACUCAACACUGACUCUUUAUUUUAUAUAUUUUAUAUAUAUGUACAGUACCAGUCAAACGCUUGGACACACCUUCUUAUUCAAUAUAUAGUAAAUGAAUAGUGAAGUGAUCUAUCAGACUAUGAAGGAACACAUAAGGAAUCAUGUAGUAACUUAAAAACAGUGUUAAACAAACCAAAAUACUCUGUUAACUUGUGGUUUCUGAGGCUGGUAACUCUAACAACACAGAAUAAUCUUACUUUUCCUUUGCUGGGGUGAUCCUGAUGAGUGCCAGUUUCAUCAUUAUCACAUUAACUCACUUCAACAUGCCUUUUGCAAUCAGUUGGUCCCUCGUAGCAAUGCUUUCAUUGUUUUUUUUAUAUACUUCAGUGUAGUCAGAGGUGAAAUGAGUUUUGAUGGGAGCCAAGAUGAUCAUUUUCUUACUCACUGAACGCAUCCCGCCCACAUAAAAAACUGAUUGGCUGACACACAGACUCUAUGCAGAAAACAGGCCAAUCUGAAACCUCUUUGUUUUGCAAGCACUUCAUUAAUAGGCACAUGAGCGGAUUGCCUAUCUCUUCCUCUCUUUGCCACAUGUGAUUGGUUGUUGAUUGAUUGGUGUCGCCUGCAUGCCCCUUUGUGUUCACUCUUGGGCCACUCGUUCUAGAUUCCGAGAAAAAUCUGGGCUCCAGGGAACCGUUAUUGAUAUGUAGUAAACUCUCGCAACUUCCGGGAGACUUGGUACAUCUGUAUUCACUGUAUACCUGUAACUCUACCUCUUCACUACUUUACUUUAACUGAUGCUCUCAAACACUUUAUUAAGAGACAAGAAAUUCAAGUUAUUAACUCUUGAUGAGUUCAGCACAGCUGUUAACUGAAAGCCUGAAUUCCAGGUGAUGUGUAAAGCUGUCAUCUUAGCAAGAGGUUUUACUUCUUGCUAAGAAUCUAAAAUAUGAACCAUUUUGGUUUGGUUACUAAAUAAAUCCAAAUGUUUUUCUUUAUACUUUGAAUGAGAUUAGAAGUAAUCUACUAUAAUUAUGAAAAAUCAAUGAAUUUACAGUGUGUCCAAACUUUUGACUAAGACUGUAUACAGUUGUAAUUGCAAUUAUGUAUAUACAUAUACCAGUGAUGAGCUGGUAUAAGCUGAGUUUCAGGUCAAACCAUACAUAUCAAAACACAUUACAACUCUAAUGCUAGAAAGUGCUACUUUUUGUUAGCACACCUAUGGGAAUUCUCAUGGUAUGUAAACACUAAUAAUGUAAAUACUGAUAACACCGAUGGACAUGAUGGAAAUUUUGAUGCCUUUCUAGAUUUAAAACAAACUUUUUGAAGCUUCUAGAACAAAUUCCAACACCAGCAGAUGAUCAGCAUGUCUCUCCAAACCAUCACUGAUCAUCAGUACAUUUUACAUUUCAUUUAAAGUAAAUAAAGGGAGCAGAGUCUGGAGGAAGAGUGGAGAGACACACAGUCCAAACUGCUCGAGGUCAAGUGUGAAGUUUCCACCAAUCAGUGAUGGUUUGGAGAGACAUGCUGAUCAUCUGCUGGUGUUGAUCCACUGUGUUUUAUUAUCAAGUCUAAAGUCAGUGCAGUUUUGUUUUCCUGAGAAAAUCCUACAGCACUUCAUGCUUCCCUCUGCUGCUGACAACUUUUAUGAAGAUGCAGAUUUCAUUUUCCAGCAGGACUUGGCACACUGCCCUCACUGCACCAAAAGUACCAGUUGGUCUUAGUUAUAUAAUAUUCUAAUUUUCUGAGACACUGAUUUUUGGGUUUUCAUUGGCUGUAAUCCAUAAUAUUAUCAACAAUCAAAGAAAUAAACACGUUCACAUUUUCAACUGAUUUACUGAAAUAAAGUAACUUUUCAUUAAUAUUCUAAUUCUUUGAGAUGCUCUAGUAUUUGCACCAGUUCUAGAGUUAUAGAGUGUAGAGUUCUGUCACAAAUUGAUGGAAUUUGCUCACACUAUUUCAGUAAAUAGAGUUAUCUAGAGCUUUCAGCAGGUUAUGAAGCUGGAACUAAUUCAACACAAACAAAUGUGUUAAUACUCAGGAAAUCCUGAGUUCCUGCAUCUGAAUCCACCAAAGAAAAGCUGAAGCAAUAAUAACAACUUUCUUCUGUGAUUUAACUGUUUAUUUGUGUUUAUUUUGUGUUUAUUAUUUUGUUCUUAUCACUUCAAGAACAUCUUGUACAUUUAAGCGUAAACAUUUUGUACCCUGUCUUUUUAAAGCAUCUGUUUAUACACUGUUCAUAUUAUCAUUAUGUUUGAGUUGUUUUCUGCAGUUUGACGAUACUCUGUCAAUAAAUCAAUGGUUUGUACAAAAGCAGAACAAUUUAAUUGAGUUAAAUUCCUCUGAAUCUCUUUGUUUAGAAAGGUCUAAAUUUGGAUCUCUGACUCCAGAGUGACUGUUCUCCGGACACACCCCUAACCAGAAGCAAUUUCCAGUAGAAAAAUAAACUCAGUUCUCUGUCCUUUCACUUCUCGACCCAGAGCUUCCUGUGGCUGCUUUCCCACAUCCCCCCGAGCCGGCAGCCCCCCGGAGGACAGAUAAACCACCCAACAUCCAGUCAAACUCCAGUCCUUCAGAGUUUUAAUGCUUCCCUACAUGAGGUUUAGCUACUGUAUGAUGUUCAUGUUUGGAGGCAACAACUGUAAUCAGUCUUUACUGAUAACUGGCAACGAGUCUUUAACAUCUCUGUGG